AUGCCACCACCAACCACCAUCCCAUCACACUCUGGAGAGGCGAUGGACGAGGACUCUGAUGAGGAUGUCGGGCCCCAACCGCUACACAAGGUUGUCAUGAAGAAGUUCGAUGAACGCGCUUAUGGUAGUGCUCUACUUCGCGGUGAAGGUAGCGCCAUGGCUGCCUUCCUGCAGGACGACACGGACACACGUAUUCCACGUCGUGGUGAAAUUGGUCUUACCUCGGACGAGAUUGCCCAAUUCGAGUCGGUUGGUUAUGUGAUGAGUGGAAGCCGGCACAAGCGCAUGAACGCAGUGCGUAUGAGGAAGGAGAACCAGGUUAUUAGCGCGGAGGAGAAGAGGGGUAUAUUGAAGUUGCAGAAAGAUGAGAGGCAGAGACGGGAGGCUAUACUCAGGGAGGAAUUCAGUGAGCUUGUGACAGAGAAGCUC